AUGUUUUCCUCCCUCACGCGGUGGAGCCCUCGGGUAGACUACCGAAGCGGAAUCGGGGAACAUGGCAGACGAGGAGGACUCGGCGCCGGAGCCAGCCGCCGUCUCUCCCCCGGAGAGUCCUCUCCCCGGGCGGCCUCACUCUGUCUCCUUCUCCGAGAGCGUCCAGCCGGCCGUCGGGAUGGUGAGCCAGCUGCUGACCCAGCCGUCCUCCCUCAAGUUUGAUAAAAACAUCAAACAGGCCUUCUACAACACGGGGGCGAUGAUCUUCGUGGCGAUAUGCUGCGGAGCCGCCGUCCUGGUCUACUUCAUCCUGGAGGCCUUCCUCCGCCCGCUGCUCUGGGCUGUGCUCUGCGGGACCUUCCUACACCCCUUCAAGUACUCCCUGGCUCGGCUCGGCCGCUCGUGGCUCAGCGGCCUGCAGGAAACCGGGACGCCCAUCGUGGUGGGGACCCUGCUGAUCCCAGUGUGGUGUGUGAACUACGGGGUGGAGCUGAUGGGCAGGCUGGUGCUGGAGAGGCUCAUGGUGCUGCUGGUGAUCGGGGCCGGGGCGCCGCUAGUUUACUUCCUCUACCUGUCCUGGAGCGUCAUCGGCAUGCAGGUGAUCCUCGGGCACGUCUGCUGGAUCAUCGGGGCCGCGCUGGACUGUUUCCACACUGUGUGGGUGUGCACUGUGGUGUUCGGCUACCUGUUGGCGGUUUGCUUCAAGUGGAGUCCCCACACUGAGCACUACCUGAGGGCUCUGGCUCUUCCUGUCUGGGCCGUCCUGCUCUUCUACAUUGUGUCUCUGACCGGCUCGUGGAGAGUGCCCAUAUUUGUGAUUGUGGUUAUACUCAUCAUCGUGGGCUCCCAGGAGAAACCACCUGUCCCUGGCAGAGGAGAGCUGUCGGGGCAGGUGUUGUCAUUCGCUGCUAACACUAUUUACAUGGCAAUCUCGUGUAGCAACCUUCAGAUGAAAACUGAGCCAAGAGAAGACACUGCUGCAGAUGGUGUGCACUCAUUACCCGCAGGCCUCUUCCAGAAAGAGAAAAGCUCCAGCAGAGCCAGUGAUAUCUACUUUAUUCUCCUGGUGUGGGCCAUUGUGCUGGUUCAGGUGUGGCUCAACCUCUGGAUCCUGCAGCUGCUGCCUAUCCCAGUGGCUGUGUGGGUGCUGAAGAGGCUGGUGGUCCACUUUGGCCUGAAGGGCUUUGCAGAGCGGACUCUCGUGUCGUGGUGGGCGGUGCUGGAGAAGCUUGGACGUGAACGAGAGGAGGCCCUGCUGCCUGGACCAAUCAAAGGCUUGGCUCAGUUCCUGCUGCGAAUCGACACCAAGCUCUGGCAUUGGCUUAACAAGCAGAUGGUCGUGUGGCUGGAGCGAUCUCUGGAUAAAAUCAUCAGCAUCUUCAUCAUCUUCCUCCUGGUCACAGGGACCCUGCUCAUGGCUCUGCUGCUCACUGCUAUGGUUCACCAUGAAAGUGUUCACAUCAUUGACGUAACCAGUAACCUCAUCAACGAGACCCUGUCCAACCAUCCUGAAUGGGCCAAUUGGCUUCCAGAGGCUCGUGUGGUGCAGAAGGCUCUAAAUUCAGCUGCUACUAAUGUCUAUCAACACGGUCGAGAAUGGAUAACACAAAAGCUCCAUAAGAUGUUAGGAGACAAGGUGAACAACACAGCUGUGAUCGAGAAACAAGUUUUGGAGCUCUGGGACAGACUGUACCACUCGUGGUUUGUGAAGAACAUGACCCUCACCGGACGCCACCGCGGUCAGAAGAUGAUGGUUCAGAGAGGGAACAGCUGGCUGGUGGACAUCCUGGACUGGAAGGACAUCGCCUCCUUUGUGCAGGAAAAUAUUGAGACUCUGCUGUCUAUCCUGGAGUCUCUGUGGGUGGUGAUGAGCAGAAACGUCGGCCUCCUUAUCUCCACGACGACCACUCUCCUCACCGUCUUGUUCCACAGCGGCACGGCUCUGCUCAACUUCGCCCUGAGUCUGGUGAUUUUCCUUACUACUCUCUUCUACCUGCUGAGCUCCAGUGGUGAAUACUACAAACCUGUCAAAUGGGUGAUCAGCCUCACCCCCCUCUCCCAGCCGGGACCCUCCUCAAACAUCAUCGGCCAGUCUGUAGAGGAAGCCAUCAGAGGAGUGUUCGACGCCUCUCUGAAAAUGGCUGGCUUCUACGGCCUCUUCACUUGGCUCACUCACACCAUCUUUGGCAUCAACAUAGUCUUCAUUCCUUCUGCUCUGGCUGCCAUCCUGGGUGCCGUGCCCUUCCUGGGGACCUACUGGGCAGCGGUUCCAGCAGUGUGCGACUUGUGGUUGGUGCAGGGCGAAGGUGUCAAGGCCGUGCUGCUGCUGACAUUCCAUCUGCUUCCAACGUAUUUCGUAGAUACAGCUAUCUACUCUGACAUAUCAGGAGGUGGACACCCGUAUCUGACAGGUUUGGCAGUGGCAGGCGGAGCAUAUUAUCUGGGUCUGGAAGGCGCCAUCAUCGGGCCCAUCCUCCUCUGCAUCCUGGUAGUUGCAGCCAACAUCUACAGUGCUAUGCUGAUGAGCCCCAGCUCUGCAGCGCCAACACCGGUGCAGUCCAACUGGCCGCUCCACCCACUCAGGACAUUCGCAGACUCCACCCCCUCUGUCCUGAAGAAGACCAAUGAGUGAGAGCAAGAGGGUGUCCCUAUGGAAUGUCACUAUGCUUCCUACUGGCUGAUUCAUUAGGGGGAAGCGCUCCCCUCACUGAAGCUCCUCCCUAUGCCGCCUGGCUCUAUAGGAGUCGGCCCCGACCAAGAAGAGAUGGCGGCGUAACGGCUGGUCACUAAUGAUGCCGUCUGCUUACCAGAGCUGUUCCUGUGAGCUACAUGGCCCCAGCCACUCUCAUUCAAGUCCCUAAAGUUACAGAAGUGAGCUUUUAUUGUGAUCCCUCACAUGGACCAAUGACAUCACAUUGGGCAUUACAAUUUUGAAUGACAGUGACGUUGAUACUAAUCAGAUCAUCUAUCAAAACUAGUGCCUAAAUUGAUUUUGUCAUGUUUAGAAAUGCCUAAAAUUGUCAUGCGGUUUGUGGUUAACUGUAAGAUGACAUGUUUUAUCUACAAAGCCCCCGAUUUCCACCCUGCACACCCUGGCUGUGUUUUAAGCUACAGUAUGUGGUCGUGCAGUAUUUGUACUGCCUACCUCUCUCCUCAUGGAGGCCCACUUUGUAGUGAAGGCUUGCCUUAGAAGUCCUCACGCCUGGCUCAAGAGUAGGAGUUGUUGACUGUUUUUUAGUUUAACUUAAUGUGUCAUUCAGGUUUCAGUGAUAGUAGCUGUGAGUUUGCAACACUAGAUCUCAGUUUUGACAAAGAUUCACACUCCUGGUCCAGGCUUUGUUACCACUGUUUCACAGUUUUAAGUAUCUGUACAGUUGAAUUAAAGCUACAUGUCUGCUAAUUUUUUUAAGGUAACUUCAGUAGGUCCGAUUAGAAGUCCUGCUUUCAGGGCGCAUGGUCUGAAUUCGCGACCUGAGGACUACCUCUGGUCAGUGAGGGAGUCUCUUUCUACAUUUUUAAUUUAUUUUACGCCUUAAGGGCAACUUUGGUAUUUUUCAACCUUUCAAUCCUAUUUUCCGAUGUUUUUGUGUCUAAGAUACUUACCGGAAAAACAGUUUUUGAAACUGGUCCGCUAUUGUCUGGCUGGCUCUAUACAUGCUUAAAUUGCUGUUAGAUUUAAUAAAGUGUGGUGUGUUUGGUAGAGGCUGUUGCUGUACAAACAAAAAGGAUCUUACUCUAACAAAAAGGUCAGUGUCUGUAAGGAUCCUUUCCACAUUGUUGUUAGACACUGAAAUAACAAUCUGAGCCUGUAAAUUGACGGUGCAUAGUUGCCACUGUAGUCUGUUUCACCACCGCUGACUGCUUCGGUCUCACUCAAUACUAGAUGAAUUUCAAAUAUUGUUGUGCCUAUUGGUCACUUAGACACAAAACCAUGGAAAGAUGUGGUCCAGGUCGGGAAAUAUCGGAGUUAGCCUUAAACUUUUUGUUUUAUUACACACUGUGAGUGCACACACACACAUGCGUGCAACAAAGCUUUUAAUUUUUAACACACUGAGCUUAUCUGUCAGUAUUGAAACACAUUUACGGAAUAACUUGAUACUGACAGGUGUGACUGAGUAUUUCUGCAAGCACUUUGAGUUUGGUGACUGUUUACUCAUCACAUGAUUUCAUCAUAGUUUUGACCUCACACACCUCUAAUCCGUUUUGUCAAAUGUCUGUUUCUUUUCUGAACAGAGUAUCAAGUAGUUUACAUCACUUUAUUAAAUGAGCUGUACAGAUGAAUUGUGUAAGUAAUGUGACACAUUGAUCAUAUAUGGCUACUGUGUUAGCUUGUGUGAGGGCUGUGAUGUGUUCUCGGUUGGAACAUUUAGUUCAGAAACAGUUUCAUGGUUGAACUACAUUACUGUAGUUUUUGUUUGCCACCGUUUCUUUUACUGUUUUUUUAUUUCCAGAUAUGCACUGACACAAUAAAUAUGACCAUUUAAAUUGCA